AUGGGACAAUCUAUUACCACCCCACUUAGCCUUACUUUACAGCAUUGGCGAGAUGUCCAGGACAUAGCUAACAAUCAGUCAGUAGAUGUCCGCAAGAAAAAAUGGAUUACCCUCUGCUCCUCAGAGUGGCCAACCUUCAACGUUGGCUGGCCAAGAGAUGGAACCUUUAAUCCUAACAUUAUUUCACAGGUCAAACACAAAGUGAUGGAUCCUGGUCCUCAUGGUCAUCCAGACCAAGUGGCCUAUAUAAUUACCUGGGAGGCCCUCAUUCAUGCUCCACCUCUGUGGGUCAGGCCUUUUAUUACUCUUAAACCACCCUCUACCCCUAUCCCCUCUGCUCCUCCUCCCCUUCCAACCCUUGGGCGCCCCUCUCAGUCUUCACUCUACCCAACCCUUGUCUUACCCCCAGGAGAAGAUCUUGUAAUGGACCUGCUGGCUGAGGAACCCCCACCAUAUCGAGAUCAACAAGCGGCAGAAGCUGAACCGGAAGAGACCCCAGCCGCCGAUUCUGCACCUUCCCCGAUGGCAGGGCGGCUACGAGGGCGUCGGGAACAACCUCCUGACUCCACUUCCCGUGCCCUCCCCCUGCGGGCCGGUCCCAAUGAUCGGCUCCAGUACUGGCCGUUUUCUGCCUCUGAUUUAUACAAUUGGAAACAUAACAAUCCCCCCUUUAGCAAGGACCCCUCUAUGCUAACCUCUUUGAUUGAGUCUAUUUUAGUGACACACCAGCCCACUUGGGAUGAUUGUCAACAGUUACUACAGACAUUACUGACGACCGAGGAAAAACAACGGGUUUUCCUGGAGGCCAGGAAAAAUGUUCUAGGAGACAAUGGCCGCCCCACCCAACUACCCAAUGAGAUUGAUGCAGCCUUUCCCCUGGAGCGGCCCAAUUGGGAUUUCACUACGGAUGAAGGUAGGAACCACCUGCGUCUCUAUCGCCAGUUGCUCAUAGCGGGUCUCCAUGGGGCGGCACGGCGCCCCACCAAUUUGGCUCAGAUCAAGCAGGUAAUACAGGGGUCCGAGGAAACUCCCUCGGCAUUUCUUGAGCGGCUAAAAGAGGCCUACCGUAUAUACACCCCAUAUAACCCAGAAGAUCCAGGGCAAGCCACCAAUGUGGCCAUGUCCUUCAUCUGGCAAUCAGCUCCAGACAUUAGAAAGAAACUUGAGAGACUUGAUAAUCUCAGAGAAAGCUCUAUUCAGGAUUUACUUAAAGAGGCAGAACGUAUUUUUAAUAAGCGUGAAACUCAGGAAGAAAGAGAUGAGAGACUUAAAAAGGAAACAGAAGAACGUGAUGAAAGGUUGAGACGUGAAGCCGAAGAGAGAGAGAAUGUCAGAGAUCGCAAAAGAAACAAGGAAAUAAGUAGACUAUUAGCCACCAUAGUGUCAGGACAAACUCAGGAGAGACGAGGAGGGGAUCGGAGGAGCCCCCAAGUAGAUAAAGAUCAAUGUGCCUAUUGCAAGGAAAGGGGACAUUGGGCCAGAGAUUGCCCUAAGAACCCAAAGAGAUUUAAAAGACCAGGGCACCAGGCUUCCAUACUGACUCUAGAAGAUUAGAGAGGUCAGGGCCAGGAGCCCCCUGAGCCCAGGAUAACUCUUAAUGUUGGGGGGCAACCUGUCACCUUCCUGGUGGAUACCGGGGCACAGCACUCGGUGUUGACCCAUGCCCCGGGACCUUUGAGCGACAGAUCGGCUUGGGUCCAAGGAGCGACCGGAGGAAAAAGAUACCAUUGGACGACUGACCGAAGAGUGCAGCUGGCAACUGGUAAAGUGACUCAUUCUUUUCUACAUGUUCCUGAUUGCCCCUAUCCAUUAUUGGGACGGGAUUUGCUUACCAAAUUAAGGGUGCAUAUACAUUUUGAGAGUAAUAGGAUUCGAAUAACUGAUCCAAAGGGAGCGCCUCUCCAGGUCCUCACCCUCCAAUUAGAAGACGAAUACAGGUUAUAUGAGAUUCUGGAGCCAAAUAAUACAGAGAUAAAAAAUUUAAACUUAGAUUCUUGGAUAAAGAGAUUUCCUAUGGUUUGGGCGGAAACCGGAGGGAUGGGCCUUGCACUCCGGCAGCCGCCUCUGGUCAUUGAACUGAAAGCCACUGCGACUCCGGUCUCUAUAAAGCAGUACCCAAUGUCCCAAGAAGCUUAUCAGGGUAUCAGACCACAUAUCAAGAGACUUCUGGAUCAAGGCAUUUUAGUUCCUUGCCGAUCACCUUGGAAUACCCCGCUUCUUCCAGUAAAGAAGCCGGGAACAGAGGACUAUAGACCUGUACAAGAUUUAAGAGAAGUUAAUAAAAGAGUGGAAGAUAUUCAUCCCACUGUGCCUAAUCCCUAUAACUUACUUAGCACACUUCCACCUACACAUAUUUGGUAUACAGUUUUAGAUUUGAAGGAUGCCUUCUUUUGUCUCAGACUUAGUCCCCAAAGCCAAUCUUUGUUUGCUUUUGAAUGGAAGGACCCGGACUUGGGACUCUCAGGUCAACUGACCUGGACCAGGUUACCUCAAGGCUUCAAAAAUAGUCCCACAUUGUUUGAUGAGGCUCUCCAUCGGGACCUCGCAGAUUUCAGAGUUCAGAAUCCGACUCUAAUACUUCUACAGUAUGUGGAUGACCUCCUAUUGGCAGCAACCACCGAAACAGAUUGUCGACAGGGCACUGAGUCCCUGUUACAAACUUUGGGACAAUUAGGCUACAGAGCCUCUGCAAAGAAAGCACAGCUCUGCCAAACCCAGGUCACAUAUCUAGGAUAUCAGUUAAAAGAUGGACAGAGGUGGCUGACUGCCGCCCGCAAGCAGGCGGUGACCAACAUUCCCGCCCCAAGGAAUUCUCGUCAACUACGAGAAUUCCUGGGGACCGCGGGUUUCUGCCGCCUAUGGAUUCCUGGGUUUGCUGAAAUGGCAGCCCCCCUUUACCCCCUUACAAAGCAGGGAGCAACGUUUAAUUGGGGGUCUGAGCAGCAACAGGCCUUUGAUGAUAUCAAGCAGGCUCUUCUGACUUCUCCCGCUUUGGGCCUUCCCGAUGUCACGAAGCCCUUUGAAUUGUUUGUGGAUGAAAAGCAGGGCUACGCAAAGGGAGUCCUGACCCAAAGAUUGGGGCCCUGGAGGCGACCUGUAGCCUACCUCUCUAAGAAACUGGAUACUGUUGCCUCUGGCUGGCCACCUUGUUUGCGGAUGGUGGCAGCUAUAGCCGUUUUAACUAAGGAUGCUGGCAAAUUAACUUUGGGACAAUCAUUGACUAUCUUGGCGCCUCAUGCAGUUGAGGCCCUAAUCAAACAACCGCCAGACCGCUGGCUCUCCAAUGCCCGUAUGACCCAUUAUCAAGCUAUGCUCCUAGACACGGACCGGAUACACUUUGGACCGGUUGUUGCCUUAAACCCAGCAACUCUGCUUCCCCAACCGGAGGAUAUAGAGCAGCAUGACUGCCUACAGAUCCUCGCAGAAGUACACGGGACACGACCAGACCUAACGGAUCAGCCCCUCCAGGACGCGGACUUCACCUGGUAUACGGACGGGAGCAGCUUCAUAGAUAAUGGAGAACGGAAAGCCGGAGCAGCAGUAACCACAGAGACCGAGGUAAUCUGGGCUAAGGCCCUUCCAUCCGGGACUUCAGCCCAGAAGGCUGAACUCAUCGCCUUGACCCAGGCGCUCCAAAUGGCAAAAGGUAAGAGGCUUAACGUUUAUACUGAUAGCCGUUAUGCUUUCGCCACGGCACAUAUUCAUGGAGAAAUAUACCAGCGAGGGUUACUGACUUCAGAGGGCAAAGACAUUAAAAAUAAGUCUGAAAUCUUGGCUUUACUUAAGGCCCUGUUUUUGCCUCGGAAAUUGAGUAUCAUCCAUUGCUUAGGACACCAAAAAGGACAGAGCCCAGAAGCUCGGGGCAAUCGACUGGCAGACACUGCUGCCCGGGAAGUGGCUCUGGAGAACAAAGCUCCGCCCCGAGCUCUUUCUCUAACUACCCAGGAAAUGCGGUCCACCCUGGAUACCUCUUUUGAGUAUGGCUUUGGAGAUAUAAGAAUUUUACAAGAAUUAGGGGCACAACAUGAUGCUGAAAAAGGACAUUGGAUAUUUCAUGGUAAACCUGUAAUGCCCCAAAAGCAAACUCGUGAAUUAAUUACCUGCUUACAUAAAUUAACCCAUCUCAGCAGUAGAAAAAUGAAAAUCCUUCUGGACAGAGAAGAGAGUCCUUAUUUCCUACUAGGGAAAAAUAAAAUCUUACAAACUGUAGUGGAUGAAUGUACGGCGUGUGCACAAGUUAAUGCGGGAAAAACCAAAGUAGGACAAGGAACUCGAGUGCGAGGACACCGCCCUGGGACUCACUGGGAAAUUGAUUUCACCGAGGUAAAGCCUGGACAAUAUGGUUAUAAAUAUCUUCUAGUAUUUGUGGAUAACUUCUCAGGAUGGGUAGAGGCUUUCCCCACUAAGCACGAGACUGCAAACGUUGUGACCAAGAAACUGUUAGAAGAAAUCUUCCCAAGGUAUGGUAUGCCUCAGGUAUUAGGAACAGAUAAUGGGCCUGCUUUUGUUUCUCAGAUAAGUCAAUCAGUGUCUAAGUUACUGGGGAUCGAUUGGAAAUUACAUUGUGCUUACCGACCCCAGAGUUCAGGACAGGUAGAACGAAUGAAUAGAACCAUUAAGGAGACUUUAACCAAAUUUACGCUUGCAACUGGCUCUAGAGACUGGGUGCUCCUCCUUCCGGUAGCCCUUUACCGAAUUAGAAAUACUCCAGGACCACAUGGUCUCACUCCUUUUGAAAUCUUGUACGGUGCACCUCCGUCCCCCGUUAGUCUUUCUAGCUCAAAUUUAAUUCCUUAUUUUGCCAAUAAUCCUUCUUUAAAAGCUCAUUUGCAGGCCUUACAACUUGUACAGUGGGAAAUCUGGAAACCACUUGCAGCUGCCUACAAGGACCAGACGGAUCAACCAGUGGUACCCCACCCUUUCCAGAUAGGAGACUCUGUGUGGGUCCGCAGACACCAGACUAAGAACCUGGAACCUCGGUGGAAGGGUCCUUACACCGUCCUUUUGACCACACCAACAGCACUCAAAGUAGACGGCAUCUCAUCUUGGAUCCACACCUCCCACGUCAAGGCUGCCCACUCUUCAGAGGAAGAAAGCAACGCCACGACAACAUGGAAAGUCCAACGCACUCAAAAUCCUCUAAAGAUAAGAUUAACCCAUCCUGCAAAAGAAAGACCUAAAUGUGUCCCUAAGUCCAAAUAUGGCUUAUGUCCGUGCCAUCGGGCACCUUAUAAGAUACCAGGAUGCUCCCAUCCCCGCUUUCGAGUAGAGCUGCAAAAACUUCCAUUUUAUUCCCCCCAUACUGGCCAAGAAAAAGCAGCAGAAGAUGGCUUAAGUGCUUGGACACAUUCCAUCAACAUGGACCAUGUGGAUGAAGCUCUUGGCUCCAGACUUCGGGCUGACCCAAUGCUGGCUGUUGAAGCAUCUGCACAGUGGAUGUUUUCCCAAGAGUGUGAAGGAAAAUGCUCCAUGUUGAUGAAGCUAAUUACCUGGAACAUCACUGACCAUCAGAAGGACAGUGCUGUCUACGGUGAGCGGCUCCUAACUCCAUCAGAGGGGACCGCAGUGAGCACAGACUCCUACAGACAUUACCGCGUCGUUGGUGCCUCCCCGUGCAUGGUCAAACCCGGAGCAGUGAGGAAUGGGACAGGCACAUAUUUCAUUAUAGAUUUAUGUCCAUGGUUUAGUAAAGAGGGGACUAUAGAUGAAAAACAAUGGAGAAGAGUUGGUAAAACCUUAGAAGUCUUUUAUAAAGCUUGGGGGCCUCAAAGAGUUCCUGUCACUGCUUUCAGUUAUUGGAAUUUAAUUCAUGAUGCUUUAACAGUUCAUAAAGAUUGGCCAGAUUUGAAUGACUUGGUUAAAGGAGAGAAGAUUGUUGUCAAUCUUUCACGCUCUAAUUCCCGCCCCUCCUCAGAACAAGGCUCCCGAGCCCCCACUCCUAUUAUGAGUAGACCCCCAACCCGUCAGAGUGAGGCUUCCGAGGUGAAGAUUGAAAUUCCCCCCGAUCCUCCUCGUGAUCAAUCACAGCCUUCUGCACCUCCUGCACCCGCUCAAAUUUACCCUGUGAUCCCUCGAGGUGAUAAUUCACGUGGAGAUUCUCUUAAUCCCACCAAUGCCGCGACCCUCGAGAAAGAGGCCGCCCAUUAUAAUCAGGAAGAUUGGCCCAUUUUGCGCAAUGGGGGCCCCUUGCCCAUUUAUAGACCCCCACCUGUAAAUUUUUCCAUUUUAUCGGAUCCUCCUCCGUAUCAGCCACAAGCCGGAGAUGUCAUUUUCCAAGGAGAAGUCUCAACAAAAUGUGCCCAAACUAUUAAUAAUCUCGAUCAAUUAAAGGCAUUGAUAACCACCAAAGAACAACAAAUAGAAUUAAUUACCAAAUUACUUGCGAAUAAAAAGAAUCAGCAAUGCUGUUAA